UUAGAAUAACAUGUCAGUCAGGCAAGGCCGCCGUGGGCGAGAGGACGUGUGCGUGUGAGCAGCCCCGCGAUGUCUGUCCAGGGCGAGGAUGGCCGCUAGGCACGCCGGAAUGUUAGCACGAGUGACGGACUAACCCCCGAGCAAGGCAGUGGUGCGCACGGCCCGUGAUGGAGUCGCCUGGAGGAGGAGGACGGCCCGCGUCUGCUGCCUCAACACCUGCCCCGUCUGGAGGUGACACGGACCACCACCUCCAGCAGCACCACCACCACCACCUGCAGCACCUCCACCACCUCCAGCAGCAGCAGCCCGCCGGCCUCCAUCUGGUCUCGAGGUGCUGCCUGGAGAGACACAGUCGACAGACAACAGAACGCCAUGUAAAAAAGUGGAAGUCUGCUGAGAACAUCUUUCUGAGCAGCUCCUCCAGCGGGAGCAUCCUUCAGCCGCCCCUGGAGGAAGGCGAUGACGAAGGUGGUGGUGGCAGUGGCUUGCGUGAGGCUCCCAGCAACCCUCACCGCCUAGUGUCGUCUGUGUCGGCCUACCCUCUUCCUACCACCAACAUUGUUUCCGCUGGCAUGGUUAAUGCAACCCAGUCUCCUGCUGCUAUUACCGCUUCUGCUGCUGCUGCUGCUUCUACUUUUACCAUAUGUUCUACCUCCUCUUCUUCAUCUGCUUCCACAAACUCCUCUUAUCAUGUUGGAAUGCAGCAAGCUCAGUCUCCUUCCUCUUCGGCCACCCUCAACACACUCCCUGCUGGACACAACGGCACCAGUCUCCCCGGGGCUGACCAUUCUUCCUCAAACUGCGUCCACCACGCCUCUGAGGCACCAUCAACCACCUCCCCCAGCACCUCCCCCAUCACCGCCGACCCCAGUGCCUCCUUGGGUCACUCCACCGGGGGACUUGGGGGCCUGGCACCACUUGACCUCUCUGGGAUUCCUCCCAUCACACACGUGACCCUGCCCACCCCAACGGAAAAUGGCGAGGGUAGAUUCAGUCAUAGCCCGGCCCCGAGCCCCAAGCCAAGCCCAACACUCAUGCCCCGUCAGACCUCCUGCGAUAGCUUUGAGGAACGGUCCACCAAGAAUGACAGCUGUGGUGUCAUCUCCAGGGAGGGAAGCAUUGAGCGGUCCAUCACAGAGGCAUCCUUCGAACAACAACCAAACGACAGAUUGCCUGACUCAGUGAGCAGGUCUUCAGAGUCCAGCCGGUCAGUGGAGGCUCCUCGCACCCCUGAGAUUGGCAGCAACAUCAAUGGUGUGAUUGGCAAGGAGAGGAAAGAGUCACGGUCGAGUGACAAGAAGAGCAACAAGGCAUGGUACAAGAUGUUGAAUCCUACUUACAAGAGCAGAUCAGAAGACCUGAAGAGGCUCUUCAAGGAUCUGCCAUCAGAUGAAAGACUGAUUGUUGACUACUCGUGUGCACUGCAAAAGGACAUCCUGGUUCAUGGCCGCCUCUAUGUCACGCCAAACUACUUUUGCUUCUAUUCCAAAAUAUUUGGCUGGGAAACUUUUGUGUCCAUCAAGAGCAAGGACAUCGUGGCCAUGACCAAGGAGAAGACUGCCCUGGUCAUUCCUAACGCUGUAGAGAUCCGGACAGAAGGGGAGAAACACUUUUUCACCUCCUUUGCUUCUCGAGACAAAACCUACCUCAUGCUCUUUCGUAUCUGGCAGAAUGCUCUCAUGGACCAGCAAAUGAGUGCAACAGAGUUGUGGCAGUGGGUCCACUCCAGCUAUGGGGAUGAACUUGGCCUGACCAGUGAUGAUGAUGACUAUGUUGCUCCAUCCACUGAGGAUGAUGUCAAGACCAACACCAUCAUGCAUGGCACUGACCGCUCUUGUGAUGCACCCAGCUUCAACCCCGGCCAUAAACUGUUCAGCGUAGACUCCAUUGAGGAUGCCUGUGUAGGAGAGAAUGGUCUUGAUGUGUCUGCCGUGCCUCCUGUGCCAAAGAAUGGAGGCAUCGACUCAGAGACUUCGGAGCAGGUGGGAACGGAAAACCCUAAAACACCGUCAUCGCCCACCAAGUCCCCACAGCACCACACGCCCCUCAGCGCCUCCCCCCAGCCCAACGAUGUCCUCCCCACAGACAUGUCAGACACCACAGAUAGUGAACCAGACAGCAAGAUUACUUGUCUGGCCUCUGGGGAGCUGGUGGUGUGCCCCAACCUGAGUUCCCACCACCAAGGCCGGGAGAUCAUCAACACCGUGUACUCCCUCCCUGUGGAUGCUGUGUUUACGCUGCUCUUCACUAAUUCCAAAUUCAUGCUGGAUCUCUACACUGCCAGGAAAACUACAGACGUCAUAGCCAGUCCUUGGCAGAGCAACCCAGAGACCAAUCAAAAGCUGCGCCAGGUCACAUACACUCUAGCUCUUCCGCCUAACAGUUUUGGCCCCAAGGUGUCACACGUCACUGAGACACAGGUGGUGUCACCCUUCAGCAAGCACGGAGAGAUCUACACGGUGGACGCUGAGGCCUGCAACGCUGGGAUCCCGUAUGCAGACUCCUUCUUUGUGUCCAACCACUGGUGUUUGACGCGUGAGUCUGCCACGGAGACCAGACUCAGCGUUUGGUCGCAAGUCAAAUACAAGAAGAAUGUUUGGGGCUUUAUGAAAGGUGUUAUCGACAAGAAUGCAUAUAGCGGCGUUGAGUCCCUUCUGAACGACAUCAACGCAGCGCUACUGGCCGAGGUAGACCGAACCAAUCUGAAAAGGACCCGCAGGAGAAGGCGGAGAGUGGGCAGCAAAGGGGAGCCGCCGGAUGUGCUGCUACCCUCACAAGUCUAUCCGGAUAAAGUCAAGGACAUCCACAAGGCUACACAGAUACCUGCAAGGAAGCUCACACUUCCAACCGUAACAACAGACACUAGCAGCUUCUCCAACGAGGGCCCGGUCAGAUUGGUGGUGUUUAUCCUCAUCGUGGUCCUGAUCCUGAAUGCACUUCUCUAUUACAAACUCUGGGCGCUGGAGGACAAGAUGUUCCACCGCCCCACGUCCUACCCAACGCUGGACCCGGCCAUGUUUAGGUCUGGCACAUCAGGAGCCUCGAUAGAAGAAUGGUUGAGGAUACUCCAGCAGCAAGAAGCAUUGCACGCAGCGGAGGUGGAAAGGUGGCGAAAAUCCAUAGAGGAGGCAGCAGGGUUUCUUAGGAAGGCCGAGGAGUCCCUGCGCUCCCUCCACACCUCCAUCCCUCCACACCACGCCUCAAGACUACAGUUACUUCUAAGACAAAUUCAAAACCUUCACGAGGCAGAAUCUCAGCGCCGGUCUCCCACAGAAUCCAACCCCUGGAGUCAAGAAAACAAUGCAGAAAUGCCACUCAAAGGACCAAGUAGUGAAGAGCCAACUAGUGAUAGUGUUAUACAAAAUUUACAAAGGGAACUUUGAGAUUACUUCUAGUUUCUGAGGGACAGCGUAGAACCCCUUCAUGUCUUUAUUAUGGCAUGGAAGUGGACGUCUUGGUGUUUUUUCAUCAAAGAGUUAUCUAGUUCCUUCCAUUUUGGACUGUGUUGUCUCAGCGUCCUUUUUGCACAUUAAUUUCAGUGUUUGUCUGGCUGAUGGCACCAAGCCUUACCCGGAGCAGUAAUGGUGAUCUAGUCGAACAAAGUUGUAGAGAUUAAAAUCUGAAUAUAAUAUCAGUGUUACACCAUGAAUUUUAUAACUAUAAUAAAUCAUGUAUGUUCAAGGGUAACUUAUGAUUUGAAUAUUUAAUUUUGGGAAUUUUUGUAUGAGUGAAUGAAGGUUUUGCCAGCUCUUAAUUUUAGGUCUAGUGUGAGUGUUGGAUGGAUGAAGUGGAUCAAAGCAGCUCAUUCCAUUGUGCAACACUUCAGGUACCUCAGGAGUCUGCCUGAUUUACGAUGCCAAACCCACCCAGAAUCAUCAUUAGUUGUCAUCCUUCUAGAGCAAGUGCCACAAUAUUUCAAAAAGUCUUCUCUAGACAUGCCAUGGUAGAGAUUUCAAAUAUCUUUCCUCAUAUAGGGGAGAUAACUAACAAAUAAAACACAGUAGAUGCUCACUUCUUUAAGAAUGAGUUAUUAUUUCAUUGAUUUUGCUUUCAGGAGGUAUGCUACUCUUUGUGACCAACCUUAAUAUUUAGUUUGAACAGGCCAGCACUAGUCUGCACGGCUCCACUGGCAAGUGGGCUGGCUAGGCAGAAAGCAGUCAGUGAAGGUGUCUUUUUCUCUUUCCGUAUCAUGAAGCUGUCAAGAGCAGCACUGCUUGCUCCAAAACUUAGUAAUGAUAUUGUUGUUUUAUAUUGUGCAUCUGGAUUCCUUUGACUUUUCACAAGACAUUCCAUUCUUACUCGUAAAUAUUUCCCUAUUUAUGAUAUCUCUCAGGAAAGUCCACCGCUUUACCAAACCAACAUGAUCUUUUCAGAGGAAAGAUGGUUCAACUUAUUACCCCAUUGGUUGUUUGUAAAUACAAACUUUGUUUUGAAUUACUGGUCCCAGAUAUUUUAAGCCAUUGUAACGAAACAACAGUCAAGUAUCCAUUGUACUCUGUUUGUAAUGCUGGAGUUGGUUGUGCCUUCAUGUAUGGAGGAACCUCCAUGGCUAUGAUUUCAAGCAACAUCAAUGAUGACUGCCAUCCAGCACAUGUGGAGAAGGUUACCAAGAGCAAUGGCCACACCAUUUACAUCUGUAACCACUACAUAUUUCAUGAAAUCACCCAUUUCUUCUAUUAUUCCUAUUUAGAAAUAUCAGACUCUGACCAGUGGACAAGUACAGAAUUGAUUCCAAGACCAACCUCUUGGGGAAACAGUUAGGAAAGUGUCCAAUCCCCAAGCUCCCCCUCACAGCCUUGUGUAUCACAGGAAUGACUGAGGCCGAUGACACUACCCAAGUGGCGAGUGGCAGGGUUGUUGCCAUCUGAUGCUUAGGGUUUUUAACUACACCAAGCAGUUUGGAAUAGUGGUCAAAAACAUCAAGGAACAAUAUAAGAGUCAAAGGGAGUUAGGCCACUCAGGAGAAUGACUAUUUCUCACAUGACUUCUUACACUGUGAAGGUGAUGCAUUACUCUUCUUUAGAUGUAAUAGAUUUGUAUUAUUGUUUAUGAUUAUAACUGAGUAGUUCCUACAUACAUGGAUGCUAAAUAUGCUAUAUAAAUGAAUUAGUACGCAUUUAAUGAGUGCAUUCUUAAGGCCACAGCUUAUCCAUCUCGCCAUUCAUGAAGGUGUCCAGCAUCUGCAUCAGACAACAGUUAAAAGAGAUAGAUAUUCAGUGGAGUAGUUGUACAGAGUAAUGGUGUGUGGUAGUGUGCACUUAAUAUCAAUACAAAAGAGAUAUUUUUGUCCCCCUGUUCAUUUAAUGCCAUUGUCAGGGAUGACAUUUGCUAAAAUGAAAGUACCACCAAAACAUUGCUGAGCACAGAAGUAUCGGAACUUUUCAGUUAUAAUUCUUACCAUGUGAUGGAAUGAACGACAUCACUGUUUGCAAUACUAAGGGUAGAUUCAACAGUGACAACAGAGGAUAUGAAUACAGUGUUUUAUUAGAUGUGCCCGGAGUUAACACAAGUGGACCAUGAUGGCAGACCAAGAGUGAGGUUUUCUGUAAGGUUUGGAAAGUUGGACUUUCCAUUUUUCUUUGUUUCAUAAAUUUAAUUUCAUGAUGUCAAUAUUUACUGCAGUGAUGUGCAUGAAUAAGUAAUUGAACUUUACUGUUAUGUACGUACAAAAGCCUAUUUAUGCUUAUGGAACUAGUUAUCUUGAAUUCUUAAAUACAUUAUUUCUUCUUAAUUAUCCCAAAAUAACAAGUGAAGGUAUUUUCAUUGCCUCAUUAGCAAAAUGUCAAGUGUUUGUCUUAGUAAUACCAAAUACAGGGAGUAGAAUUGUAUUAAUAUGUGCUCCUUUUAGUAUGUCUUAAGCCAGAAUAUUCAUUGUUCUUCAUUUCUAUUGGCAUUGUCAGAAACCACCUUAAGAGCCCUCCAGCUAUCCUAGUAUUAUUUCUUAAGAGUUCACCCAUGUCAAAACAGGUCUGUAGACAUUCAUCCCUCCAUCAGGGUUGGAGGAGAUUUUUUGCUGAAAUUGGUGUUCUGCUUUUGCUCUCUGCCAUCAUUCUUGAACACUUGAACUAAUGUGUAUUUUUCAUGAGGAAUUUAUCUACUUAAAUCUGCUGUAUAUAUGUAACUAUAAAUUUAUGAAUAUGUUAAGCAAUUCCAUUUUGCUGGAGGGAUUGGUGUGAGGCAUUUGUUGGGGGAACAUGUGAGGUGAAUAUGCUGCCUUACCUUGUCCCUUCAAAAAGCGCAGCGCUCACCCUCAUCCCCAGCGCACUUUAUGUAUAUAUUAUAUUUAUGUACCAGUCAAGCACAACAAUUUAUUUGCAAGAUUUUUUCCAUAAUUGAUUGCACAGUUUUCUCAAAGACUCGUUGACUAGCACUAUUCAUCACAUAUUGCACGGAAACUGUACAAUAGCAAUAAAAUUUCAAUUAUUUUCUUCAUGAGCGAUGAUGUUUUAGUGUCACGAGCUGUCUGUGAUACAAGUAGGCAUAAGUAAUGUUUUCUGUAUGUUUUCUAUAUUUUGUUCCUAUAUUUUCAUUGUAUUUGGUUACUGAACACUUCUAUGAUUGUGAGCUGCCUUCCCUCCGUGGCCGGCAGGCAACAGCGUACUCAAACUUAAGUUACUUAAGAUGAAUUUUUACUCAUGAAAAACUUAAGUAUGCACUGCUUUUCCAGUCAUGUUUUUUGGGGAAGACUUUAUAGCUAAGGAAAGAGUGAAGAAAGAAACACAUGUCAUGUACAUGUUAAUUUAUCUAAUAUUAAAUAUGGCUUUAUUUGC